AUGUCUGUCGUACUCAACAAGCAGCUGGGAACCAGUGAUAGCCCCCACUCAAAGAGUGCUUCGACGACAUCAUCAUCAUCAGUGCAGUCUGGAGCAUCAUUUCAGAUACCAGUCUCACCAAUCCCACCAUCGGGCAAAGUCAACUUCUUUGUCCAACCAAACAAACCACAGCAACAACAACAACAACAGAGCCAGGAUUUUAACCUAAUGUUCCCACCUCCAAUUGCUCCUCAUGUGGCCAACCUCAAUCCACAAGCAUUCCCAAGUUUGCCCCCUCUUGCCAAUAAGUCUGGCAGCCAAACCAGAUUCCAUCCAUUAUACCAAAGAACACAGCAACAACAACAACAACCUUUAAACCCUCUCAUCAAACCACCACAACACAACAAUCCCCUGUUUAAGCCACCACAACAACAACAACAACAACAACAACAACAACAACAUAGUAUAGGUAAUCCCCUUGCUAGACCUCCACAACAGAUGAAUCCACUCUGGAUACAUCAGCAACACAACAACCAACAUCAACAACAACAACAACAACAACAACAACAACAACAACAACAACAACAACAACAACAACAACAAAUCCCCAAACAGAACCAACCACAGCAAAUCAACAACAAACCACAGCAACAACAAGAUAUCAAACAGAAACCAGUAACAAUGUUGGAUAACUUCAAGGACUAUAGGGAGAAGAGCUCAAAGAAGAACUUGACCAAGGAGUCCAACGGUAGAACUGUCAUGCUGCCACUGGUCCCCACACCAAAGACAAUGUCCUCCAUUACAGGAAAGUCAACAGUGGAGAUCCUCAAGUGGAUGAUAAAGAUGGGCGAAGCACCCAUGAGGUCAGACAUUGUGCUAAAGGAGGAUGUGCUUUCGUUGCUCUCACAGGAUCUGGGUGUCGAUUUCACACGUCCAAAUGCUAGCGAGGAACAUCAACGCAGAGACCGCAAAGUGGACAGUACAUGGAAGCGAAAGACACCAGUGGUGACAGUUGUUGGACACAUUGACCAUGGCAAGACCUCCCUACUCGACUACUUGCGCAAGACCACUGUGGCCGAACAGGAGGCCGGCAGAAUCACCCAGCACAUUGGUGCAUUCGAGGUGGAGCUAGGAAGUGGCCAAAAGAUUACCUUCAUGGACACACCAGGACAUGCUGCCUUCUCAACCAUGAGAGUGCGUGGUGUCAACUCUACAGACCUUGCUAUCCUGAUCGUUGCCGCCGACGAUGGCGUUCAAGAGCAGACAAUUGAAGCAAUCAAAGCUAUUCAGUCGGCCAAUGUACCUAUGAUCGUCGCUAUCAACAAGAUUGACAAACCAGGUGCUGAUAUCGACUCAGUCAAGCGUGAGCUUCUUCAAAAUGGCGUGGCUCUGGAGGGACACGGAGGACAGGUGCCUUAUGUGGAGAUCUCAGCAAAGACUGGAGAGGGCAUUCAGAGCUUGGAGGACACCAUUCUAUUUGCAGCCGACCUCUACGAUCUGUUGGCAAGCUAUGAGGGCAACUCAGAGGCAGUUGUCAUCGAGUCCACGUUUGUUAAGAAUCUUGGUGUCAGCGCAACCAUCCUCGUCAAACAUGGAGUACUAAAGACAAGUCAAUUCUUUGUAUGUGGUGAGAGCUAUGGAAAGAUCAGAGAGAUGAGGAAUCACAACAACAAGCCCAUGAAAGAGGCACCUCCAUCUUGUCCAGUUCAGGUGUUUGGUUUCAAGUCAUCAGAGGCACCAAAGCCUGGUGACGAGUUCUACGUUGUUGACUCGGAACAGAAGGCCAAGGAGAUUAUCGAGGCAAAGAUCGAGAAGAGGAACCAAAUGCAAACGUUCGACUUGACAGAGAGUAACGAGAGCAACAGUAACGAUGACAAGUCAAACCUACACUCAAAGAAGGGAACAUUCAAGAAGUAUCAGGAUGAGAGCAAGCAAGAGGACGACCCAGAGGCCAUUGUCGAGGAGUUGAGAUCCAAGCUCAAGUCAAAACCAUUCGAGGAGAAGGUGGCUGAGCACAAGGUGGCAAACCUCUAUCUGAAGGGAGAUGUAGGAGGAUCUCUUGAGGCUCUGACAAUUGCACUCAAGACCCUGCCAGAGGACAAUGAGAUCACCUACAACAUCUUCAAGACAGGCUAUGGAGAGGUCACAGAGGUGGACCUCAAGGAGGUUGGAGUCAUGCAAUCACCACUUGUCUACUUUGGUCCCAAGCUGGAGGGACGCAUUGUUGAGACAGCACACAAGAGAGGAAUUUCAGUGAUUGAAGGAGAUGUCAUCUAUCACGUGGUGGACAGGCUCAAGGUUUAUUUGGAGAGUCUGCUGGAUCCAGUUCCAAUCUACACGAUCACUGGUGAGGCCAAAGUACAGCAACAAUUCAACAUUGACAUUAGCAAUCAAGUGGAGGUCACUGUCGCUGGCUGCAAGGUCACAGAUGGCUUGCUCAAGAAAGGAUCAAAGGUCCGUGUCAAGAGAGGAGAGGAGAUCAUACACGAAGGCAGAAUAGAGAUUCUAAAACAUUUUAAGGAGACUGUUAAAGAAGUGAACAAAGGCCAAGAAUGUGGUAUCUGUAUAAAGAACUUUGAUGACAUUGUUGAGGGUGACCUUAUCAUGGCAUUUUCCAAGUCUGAGGAGAGAAGGAAACUCGGAGAACACUUGAAGGUCUACCGGUAG